UCCGCGACACCUCGGAGCCCACCUCGGCCAUGAGCCAGACGCCUAGCGGAGGGGCUGGUGCGGUUCCUACGGCCGCUUCCCGGCUGCUUCCGGAGGGGAGCAGCAGCCGAAACAAGCAGCAGCAGCAACGCGCGUCCUCGCCGGGGAGACCCAAGGACUCGCCCGCCCGCCAGCUCUCCCCAGCUUCUAACGCGUCCCGCUCUGCGGCGGCUGCCUCGUCCAAAACGAGCGGCGCCCGAGCUCAGCCGCCGCCGCCGCUGCCCGGGCAGAAAAGCGGCCGGGCGAAAGGAGGAGGCGGCGGCGGCGGCAGCGGAGGGGGAGGAGACAAAGCGUCUCCGCAGUCGGCGCCGGGAAGGAGCGCGCUGCCGUUGGGAGCUGUCCAGGCCGGAGAUGGUGCUGAAGCGCAUCCGGCCUCGCCCCUGGUCCCGGCAGGAGGGGGCCCGAAAGCCAGUUCGGGGCCUGCUGCGGACAAGCGAGAGACGGCUCCCAAAAACCACGAGCUUCCAGCGACGUCCAGAGCUGGAGAGCAGCAGCAGCAGCAGCAGCUUUCAAGCGUGACUGGUGGAGGGGAGGUGGAAAGAGGGGGGAGCAGUGGCCUUCCUCAGCCACCACCCAAGAGCUGGAGCAGAGGCAAAGCGGGUAGGCCUCAGCCAAAGGACGGAGGAGAAGCAGGUUCUCUGCCUUCUGGUGGGACAGGAAAAGGCCGGGCCCUGGCAGUGGGUAGCGGUGGUGGCUACUGGAAAGAAGGAUGCCUGCAAAGUGAGCUCAUCCAGUUCCAUCUCCGGAAGGGCUUGGCAGCAGCCCAGAUGCAAAGCAAAGGCAACAACCAGGGUAAUGGCAAUGGCGGCACUGCCUCAGUGGCUGAGCAGUCCCAGCCUGCCUCCUCUUCGUCCUCGACUCCAUCACCAGUUGCGCUGGCUGGGACUGAAGAGGCCAGUGGACACAGUGGGGUUCCUGAAGGCUCCUUGAACCUGACCCCUCAACAGCAGCAGCAGCUUCAGGAGGAGGUGGACAAACUGUGGGAAGAGAAUGAGGCCCUCAAGAAUGAGAUAGAUGAGCUGAGAACUGAGAUGGAUGAGAUGAGGGACAGCUUCUUUGAAGAGGAUGCCUGCCAGCUACAGGAAAUGCGCCAUGAGUUGGAGAGAGCCAACAAAAACUGCAGAAUCCUUCAGUAUCGUCUUCGAAAAGCAGAGCGCAAGAGGCUCCGCUAUGCAGAGACUGGAGAGAUUGAUGGAGAACUUCUGCGUAGCUUGGAGCAGGACCUGAAGGUUGCAAAGGAUGUUUCGGUGAGACUUCACAAUGAGUUGGAAAAUGUGGAAGAAAAACGCACUACUACAGAAGAAGAAAAUGACAAGUUAAGGCAGCAGCUAAUAGAAGUAGAGAUAGCUAAGCAAGCCGUUCAGAAUGAACUUGAGAAGGUGAAAGAGCAAUCUAUGAAAAGAAGAGGAAGCAAAGACUUGCAGAAAUCUGAAAAAAAGUCACAGCAGACACCCACUGAAGAGGACAGUGAAGAUUUGAAAUGCCAGUUGCAGUUUGCCAAAGAAGAGUCUGCCUUGAUGAGGAAAAAGUUGGCCAAAACAGACAAGGAAAAGGACAGAUUUGAACAUGAGCUGCAAAAGUAUAGAUCAUUUUAUGGUGAUCUGGACAGCCCUUUGCCAAAAGGGGAAGCUGGAGGUCCACCUACCACAAGAGAAGCAGAACUCAAGCUUCGUCUGAGGUUAGUAGAAGAAGAAGCCAAUAUUCUAGGCAGGAAAAUUGUAGAGCUGGAAGUUGAAAACAGAGGGCUGAAGGCAGAGCUUGAUGACCUAAGAGGAGAUGAAUUCUCAGGGACAGCUAAUCCCCUCCUGGGAGAGCAGAAUGAGUCUCUGUCAGAAUUACGACAGCACCUGCAGCUGGUUGAAGAUGAAACAGAACUGUUGAGGAGAAACUUGGCGGAUGCUGAGGAACAAAACAAGCGCAUCACAACAGAACUGAACAAAUAUAAAUAUAAGACAGCUACAGCUCAUGACAGUUCAAGGCAUCACGACAGUGUCAAGAUGGAAGCAUUGCAAGAAGAACUCAAAGCUGCUCGCAUGCAGAUCAACGAGCUCAGUGGCAAAGUCAUGCAAUUGCAGUAUGAAAACAGGAUCCUCAUGUCCAACAUGCAGCGCUAUGAUCUGGCGUCUCAUCUCGGAAUCCGAGGCAGUCCCAGGGAUAGUGAUGCAGAAAGUGAUGCAGGAAAGAAAGAAAGUGAUGAAGAUUCUCGGCCCCCACACCGCAAAAGAGAAGGGCCCAUUGGUGGGGAAAGUGACUCAGAGGAGGUCCGCAACAUCCGCUGUUUGACGCCUACCAGGUCCUUCUACCCAACGCAGGCAGGGUGGCAGAAAAGCUUCACAGACCGGCAGCAAAUGAAGGAUAUCCGAUGUGAAGCAGAACGCCUGAGCAAGACAAUAGACCGCCUGAUUUCAGACACGAGCACCAUCAUAGCAGAGGCGAGAAUUUUUGUGGCCAAUGGAGACUUGUUUGGAAUUAUGGAAGAUGAAGAUGAUGGCAGUAGGAUACGAGAGCAUGAACUUCUUUAUCGGAUAAAUGCCCAGAUGAAGGCAUUUAGGAAAGAGCUCCAAGCCUUUAUUGACAGACUGGAAGUUCCAAAGUCUGCAGAUGAUGGAAGCACAGAUGAACCUUUGUCAGUGAGUCAGAUGUUCCAGCCUAUCAUUUUACUUAUUCUCAUCCUUGUAUUAUUUUCCUCCCUUUCUUACACAACAAUAUUUAAACUUGUCUUCCUUUUCACAUUGUUCUUUGUGCUCUAGACCUUUUUCAUCAUUUGUUACCAUUCAUUGUAGCAUUGUUUUCAGUUUCUUUUAUUUUGUCCAUCCCCCCCAAGAUAAGAACUUCAAGAACUAUAGUUUCUGUAGUUUAACAACUGCUGUAAAAACACUGAAGACUAGAGAAGAAAAAUCAGCUACAUGCCAAAAUACAGAUGACAAAAGAAGCAAAAAUAUUGACACUUGAUUCAGAGAGCUGCUCAUCAAAAAAUUGAGCUGGAGCCCAAGACCGCUAAAGUUUCUCUUGAUUUAAUAACUCCCACAUUCCAAGAAAGAAUAAAAAGAGAGAAAAGGAACCUAGAGACUGCAA